AUGUACUCCGAGUGGGCUUCGCUGUCUGCGACUAUAGCGGCCAAUAGUGCCGAAGCACAGUCGUCUAGUGUCCUUAAUAAAUUCCCAGCUUCGGCCGGCAAGGAAGUUGCUGUUUCGGUUGUCAAGCAGCUGGCCUCGAAUCUGGGAAUAACACAAAAUGCUGAACCAAGCCAUUUGGUCAAAGAUGAAGAGGUUGUUUGGUGCAUGGACGUGAUUUGUUUUGGUCUAUCGCUCCCUCUGCAGGAGCACGAGACCAUUAAGGACUGUGUGAACAUAUACUGUGAGUGGUUGACUGCCAUGCAUCCGAAUCCGAGGAUAAGUGUCCCCAAGCCGAUCUGUGAUGACCCGAAUAUGUACUGCAGAAAAAUCAUCAGUCACUUUCAUAACCUAUUUGUCCCGCGACAAGGCGAAAUCUUACCUUUUUUGUAUCAACCUUUGGGUGCAGAUAAAAUCAAUCGUCAAGCGGUCCUCUGCCAUCGGGUUCUGCGGACUCUCCAACAAACUGCACAAAUAUCCCAGAUAAUGGAUCGUGAGACGUGGGAAGCUUUGCUCUUGUUUCUCCUGGCAAUCAACGAAAUCCUCCUGGCUCCCCCCACCGUCAAAGAUGAUGUUGGUGAUCAACUUUGUGAGCGAGUGCUGAGUGUUCUCUUUGAAGUUUGGCUCUUAGCGUGUGUCCGAUGCUUCCCAUCCCCAUCGCUUUGGAAGACCCUUCAGGAGUCCUGUGCCCUUUGGAGACAUCGAAUAGCUCUGAUUGAACAGUGGAAUCGGGUGAAUCUGGCUUUAACCUCGAGAUUGAUAAAAUUUAUGUUGGGCCCAACAUUUCCAGAACUCAAAAUCUCCGAUGAAGAUGCACAAUUAAUUCCAAGUGGAAUAACAAAUGAAUGUGUUGCACAAACCUGGUAUCGCUUCCUACGGACAAUUGGCAACCCGACAGCGCUUUGCUAUCCUCAUAUUAUAAGCAAAACCUCUCAUUUUAUGCAAUGGGCUCUCACUCGUGACAAAGGAGCCGAACCCUAUCAACAUCCUUGUCUGCUGCUUCUUCCACAAAUUUUCCUCAAAGCUAUAAAAGGCAUUUCAUCUCAGGUUGAUGCGUACUUGGGUAUCUAUCAGCCAUCACAUAGUCAUGAUGAAAAUAUCACAAAUCUAAUGGACAUUCGUUCGUCAUUGAGCGAUGCCAUUCACGGUAGCGGUGGUUCUGGUUUAAAUCAUAAUACGCAUCAUUUAUUUGGUUUUAGUUCUGGUGGUGCAGGUGGUAGUAGUUCUAGUAAAUCAGGAGCAGGAAUCGCCUCUGAAAAUAGUGGUGGUUCUUCGUUUCUUAGUGGCUUAAGUGGCAAUACGGCCACACAUGCACUUAAUGCUAUAAUUGGCCAUCAUCAUCAUCAUCAUUCGUCUAGUGCUAGUAAUAAUAGUUCUGCGUCGUCGUCGUAUGGAACUCCAUUGACAUCAACUACAUCGGGUUUAGGGAGUAGUAGUGUUGGAACUGGAGAACAUUUACCACAUUCACCAACGCCACCAUUGCAAAGGCGUUUGGCUAAGAGUUUUAGUGUGGCGCCAUCAAUAUCACAACAAAAGGGUUUAAGUAAAGCAGCUUUGAUUGGAUUGACAACAUCUCGAUCCCAGAGUACCCAACCACCGCUUACUCCCACAUCUGGACCUCCAUCAUCGAGUAGUUUAAAUUCUCUUCCAUCCAUGGGAUCCGAACCUCGAGCACAAUUGGCACCAAAUCGUCCCACGUGCAAUAGUAUUUUACAUCUUUUCGGCGAAUGGUUAUUCGAGGCUGCUUACAUCGGUGGUGAUUCGUGGUUAGUGAAUGCAAAACGACAAGCUUCCGAAGCCAACAAGAGACCAUCAUCGAUGGUAAUGGAGAAUCGUAAAGGAAGCAUUUCCUUGUCCCAUCCCAAUUCUAGUAGUGAUCCUGCGAAUCUACCCCGAAGCCUGACCAUCGAUAAAUUCGAAUCAGGACGUGCUGAAGCUAUUGGUGCGUUGUGUAAGAUUUUCUGCUCCAAGAAGACAGGAGAAGAAAUUCUCCCGGUCUACUUGGCCCGAUUCUAUAUGGGCCUGCAACAGUGUAUGAAAAUAGCCGAACUUAAAGAAUGUGAUGAAACAUUGGCUUCGAUUUUGUUGAAUUCAUCAGAUUUAUUUCGAUUGGAUUUGGAUGGGAUUCAUGUCCUGUUACCAAUAUUUAUAACCGCCCUGGAGGUGGUUCUGCCUGAAAAGGAUUUGAAAAUAAAAUCUCAAGCGAUGAAUUAUAACAAAAUCGAACUACGAAGGGCGUCAAUUAAUAUCCUCCUGUCGAUGUUGACGCUGCCUUUGCACUUCCAGACAUUACAAAUUCGAGAUUUGAACAAUGGACCUGCAGAGAGAUCGAUUACGUUCAUUCAACUGAAGCCGCGCCUCAUCAACGUUUUGAUGAAUGCCCUGCAGGUGGAAACCGAUGCACAAAACACCCACAUGCUGUUGGGUGGGCUUUUGCUCACUGUUCAGGACUCUGUAAAUUUCGAGGAAAUCGAAAUGAGGUCGGACAAUAUGCCUUCGGCAUCGCCUCAGCCAGGCCCCGACACCAACAUCUUUAGCUCAGCCUGUUCGGAAAGAUCAGCUUCGAUAGCAAGUGGCGGAAAUGUUAGUUUGGGUGCGCAUAGUACAACGACAAUUGGAGGUGGUGCAACAGGAGGAGGAAGUGCUGCGACUUUCACAGGUGGUAAAGGUUCAGUUGGACGUGAUAGCUCCUCGCAACAUGAUUAUCCCAGUUUGACUGUCUCCGAUGAUUUCCCAGUGGAAUUAUUACAAGAAUUUGAAACAGCUUCCGUCUAUGAUAAUGCACAUGCUCUGUUCGUGCGGGCCACAUACCUUGUGUGUCAUCGAUUGAUUUCCUCAUGGAAGACUGAUCUAAAUGUAUCGCUGGCAGCGCUCGAGCUCCUUUCGGGGCUCGCGCGUCUUCAGAUCCGGGAUUCAGCCAGGAAACUAACAAACGAACAAUUAGUAGCAAUUGAAGAACCAAGUCAAAAUCUAACGAUCAUUUCCACAGACGCUCUAGAAUGCAAGCGAGCGGUGAAGUGGAUAUGCGACUACAUCUGCUAUCAGUGUUCGAGGCCGCCGCCUGCUCAUAGCAAGGAUUUGCAUAGCACUAUUGUGGCGGCAUUCCAAUGUACGUCGGCGUGGUUAAUGCAACAUCCGUACCUGCUGCAGGAUCAAGAUUGCUUUAAGACGGUGAUAGAAGUUGUAGAAUUGGGUAUAUCGGGCUCGAAGAGUGUGGGGAAACCUGGCGAGCCUCCGAAAUACAAAGACCAAAAAGAAUUGAAGCCCGUGUCGAUGAGGGUGCGAGAUGCCGCCGAUAUAUUGCUGACAAUUAUCAUGGAACAAGUUGGUUAUUUUCCCAAAGAGUUUAGGGCAUCGGAGACGCUUUCGUCGCUGUUGGACGAAGUUAGUUUGGUGAAGUUUUGUAAUUCUGUCGAUGCCAAAACUUUGACCAGGGAACAGGCUGUGCAGAAGUUCAAGUAUUUUGUGACGGAGAACUCGACGAUUCUGGGUCUGCUGGAGGAACCGCUGGGGAAUGCCGAGGAUCAAAUGCCAUCUCUAACGUUGCUUCUUCGAAGUCCCUUUGGUCGGCAUGCGUGGUACUUUGAAAUACGUUACCUGCCUCGGAGUAAAUCGGGGAAGAAACACGCCCCCGUGAAUCCAGGACGGCCGGUGCCGAUGAGCGAUCCUCCGAAGGUAGAGUUACCUCCGCAAAAGCACUAUCCCGAUGGUGUGGAGAAAGCCGUACCAUGUGCGGCAGAUUACUCCAUACCUACUAUUGAGCAAAUGCGAGAACAAUAUGGCACUGAUUUGAUGAAUCGUUGGGAUAAGUUGAUUGAAAAUCAAGCGGUCUUGGAGAAGUUAGCCGCCGAAGAAACUCUAAGAUCUGGGGAGACAUUGGGUCCUGCUCAAGAGUGUUUUCCACCGACGCCUGUGGAACUGAAAGGAACCGCCCGUUUGUUUCUCUCACAAUUUGGAUUUAUUAACUAUGAAAUGGAUAAUAAAUUUGAAGAAAUUCCAGGCUAUAGAGAUUUGAUAGCUUUGGAUUCGUCGCGCAAGAAUUUUAUCCAAGACCUAAAUUAUCUGGAUAAGUUGAGUGUUCGAAGUCACGAUACAGUUCAUGUGUUCUAUAUGAAAUCGGGACAGAAGACGGCGGAUGAAAUCAUUGGCAAUAUGAAUGCAGAAAACAUCAAGACACUAAACCACAAUUUCGGAAGGAUGCUUCUGACCCUCGGCUGCCCAGUAGAGGUCGAGGAACAUUGCGGGUGGACUGGAUCUAUGGCGACCAGCUGGAUUUUGAGAAAUACAGACCCCGACGCGCCUCGCGAGAAGAUCGAGGAUUUUCGGUUCAAUGGGAAGUCAUGUGUUUUAUAUUGGGCUGAUGUUAGCUCGGAAAUAGCUUUUGUAGUUCCAUCCAAAUGGAAUCGUCAGAAAAAGCCUCAGACUACAGAAAUGGCGGGGGCAGCGGCGGGUACAUCGACAGAUGGCGGGUGUUUAUCGCAUUCGGCUAGUGACAAGAGCGUUUGGAAUGAAAAAAAUGUCUCAGCUGAUGCGGCCACAAGUCGGCCUUCAUCAUCAACAUCGACUGCUGUUGGACAAAAACCCAGAACGUUAUCUCUUGAAUUAGACCAAACCAAGGAGCCAGUGCCACCGACGAGACGAAAAAACAUUACCAAACCAUUGUUGAUACCCCAACCACCUGCGAAGAUUUUCGUCGUUUGGAUUGAGAGUUUCGAGGAUUAUCUCAAUUUUCCAAUUGAGGAUCUUCUUUGUUACACCUGCACUGGUGAGGAAUCUCAAGUAUCACAAACUCCUAAGGCCAGCGAUUGUCAUGUGAUCUUCCUGCAUGCGCUGCAAACUGGACUGCUGCGAGUUAAGUUGCAAGGUCCUAGCGGACGCAUGAGCUUUGCCACUCCUCUAGUCGAUGGUAUGGUGCUAAGUCGGCGAGUUGUCGGUAAUCUGGUGCGACAGACGGCACAUAACAUGGGCAAACGAAGAAGACUCGAUCAUGAUGGAUUCCAGCCUCCUCAUGUUCGACGGCGCAUCAAAGUCGAGGAUAUAGUCCAGAAAUACAAAUUUAAUUUUUCACGACAUGAACUGGUAGCACAUCUUUUCGAGGGAGCAACGUAAUAAUAGUUUUUAACAGUAUUAAGAAAAAGUAAAAAAACAACAACAGCAAAGUUACAAAUUCGUAUUUUUUCACUCCUUCCCUAUUUUCUAACUCAAAGUAAUUAAUUAAUUAUUAUUAUUAUUAUAUUGUUAAAGCAUUUAUAUUUGUUUUUAUUUUGAUUAUUAAUUAGUAAU